GGCUUUUUAUCACUUGUGCCCCCAAUCCUGCCUCUCUUUUGGUUUCCAUACUGCCGUUCCCACGUUCUUUCUCAUGCCUUCUGCCUCCACCAAGAUGUCAUGAAACUCGCAUGUGCUGACAUUACUUUUAACCGCGUGUAUCCAGUUGUUUUGGUUGCCCUGACUUUCUUCCUUGAUGCUCUCAUCAUUGUCUUUUCCUAUGUCCUCAUUCUGAGGACAGUUAUGGACAUCACCUCUGGAGAGGAGAGAGCAAAGGCUCUUAACACCUGUGUCUCCCACAUUAUCUGUGUCCUGGUCUUUUACAUCACUGUGAUUGGCCUGACCUUCAUUCACAGGUUUGGAAAGCAUGCCCCCCAUGUGGUGCACAUUACCAUGAGCUAUGUCUACUUUCUCUUUCCUCCGUUUAUGAACCCCAUCAUUUACAGCAUCAAGACCAAGCAGAUUCAGAGGAGCAUUCUCCGUCUACUAUCUGCAUAA